CUCAGUUGUGAAUGAAUAACUUCCGGAGGUCGCUGCUCAAACACUGCAAAGCACGAGUGAAGAAUUGCAUGAUUUUCUUUCAUGGAAUUCCUUGUUGACUUAUAAUACGACUGAUAUGUGAUGGAAGGCUCGGAUUCAUACCUCAUACGGCCCAACUAUCAGCACAAAUUCAAGUCUGCAGUUGUGAAGGAGUGUAUUCGUGAAACAGUGAAGGCACGCCUGUUUGAAGUACAAUUUGACCCAGAUGAGGUCGCAGAGCUUACCCGCUCGGUGGCUGACUGUGUGAAGGAUAAAGUGAAGAAUUUAGGAUUUGACAGGUACAAACUUGUUGUGCAGGUGACCAUCGGAGAACAGCGUGGACAAGGAGUCAAGAUGUCGUCAAGAUGUUUAUGGGAUGCUGAUACGGACAACUACGCAGAAGAUAUUUUUAUGAAUGAAAGCUUAUUCUGUGCGGUGGUCGUGUUUGGAAGCUAUUUCUACUAAGAAGCCCAGUGUAAGUGUUUGAAGGAGAAUGGCAGCCGCUGAGGUGCAAAAUACAACAGAAAUGACUCAUCAUCAUUCCAUAAACACAAUAAUAAUUAGACUAAUGCGGGUGCAUAGAAUACUGUAAAGAAAGUUUUUAACCAGUACCCCAAAAGUAGUGCUUAGUUUCUGAAAGGUGGGUGACCCCUGCAUAAAAGAACCAUGUUGGUGCAUGAAUAUACCUCAAACAAUAUCAAUCCAAAGUGAGAAGUUUUACCUCUGCUCCAGCUCUUCAUUGGAUUUCAUUCCAUUGCGCUGUUGGAUUCAAGUGUCUUGUUGAGUGUGUAUUUCAGCACUUGUGAGGUUGUUGAUACUGUCUUGCAUCAAAAUCAAGUCACAAGUCAUUUCAAGUGUGAAAUAGCAAUUUAUUUUCCGAGCGUCUCUGGUUGAAGAGGUCUUCUAAAAUGGUCCCGACUUUUGUUUGGAAGCUGACAUUGUCUUGUAGACCACUGGCCUCUUGUUUACGGACCUCAUCUCAGUUUCAGCAUGUAUCAUCCAAGUAAAUAAAUCCAUUUUAUUAGUAUAUGUAUUUUCCCAUGUGUUUGUACGCAUUCAGCUAGAGAGAUGCUCUAGUGUUAUUGUGCCAUGAAACUCACUGAUUGAUGA